UCUUCUUCUGGUGGUGGUGCUGUAAUAGCAGUCACAUCUCUCUCUCUCUCUCUCACUCUCUCACUCAAAAGUAGAGCUUCUUCUUCUUUUGCUACUGGUGGUGUUGUGAUAGCAGAUACAUGGCAUCGGCCGACGAGCCAUGCUGCAAGCCCAUGUUCUGGGUCUACCUACUCAUAAGCAUCUCCCUCGUCUUGUUCGCGGGCCUUAUGUCGGGCCUCACCCUCGGCCUCAUGUCCCUCAGCCUCGUGGAUCUCGAGGUCCUCAUCAAGGCCGGCCAGCCCGAAGACCGUAAAAACGCCGCUAAGAUUCUGCCUGUUGUGAAGAAUCAACAUCUGCUCCUUUGCACCUUGCUCAUAGGAAAUUCUUUGGCGAUGGAGGCACUGCCCAUUUUUCUUGAUGCGCUUGUCCCUGCUUGGGGUGCCAUACUGAUAUCUGUCACUCUUAUUCUUGCGUUCGGAGAGAUCAUCCCUCAAGCGGUUUGCUCUCGCUACGGACUGACAGUUGGAGCUAAAUUGGCUGUGGUUGUCCGCUUGCUUCUUUUGGUCUUCUUCCCCAUAUCUUACCCAAUCAGCAAGUUACUGGAUUGGAUACUGGGGAAGGGGCACUUUGCACUUAUGCGAAGGGCAGAGCUGAAGACAUUGGUCAAUAUGCAUGGAAAUGAGGCCGGGAAGGGUGGAGAGUUGACACAUGAUGAAACUACUAUUAUUACUGGAGCUUUGGACUUGACACAAAAGACUGCCAAAGAUGCUAUGACGACCAUAUCAGAAACCUUUUCCCUUGAUAUACACUCUAAACUUGACAUGCAUACAAUGCGUUUAAUCAUGACCAAAGGGCACAGUCGUGUGCCUAUCUACUCUGGAAGCCCGUCAAAUAUUAUUGGCAUUAUUUUGGUUAAAAGUUUAAUCACCUGCCGCCCUGAAGAUGAAAUCCCAAUCCGAAAUGCUACGAUUAGGAAAAUUCCUAGGGUCCCUGAUUAUUUGCCACUUUAUGAGAUAUUGAAUGAAUUCCAGAAGGGUCACAGCCACAUGGCAGUGGUUGUGAAGGGUAUGAAGGAUGUUCAUGGAACCACAGGAAAUGCAGAAGUCAGUGUUAGUAUGCCUGGGAAUAGGAUGCAUCUGAAUAGGAAAAGCACACAAGCAGAGGAUAAGGGUGAUGUUUCUCAAAUGGUUCUUGAAGAGCAAGUGACUAUUGUUACCAAUGCUUCGUCGGUGAAUCAUGGAGUUGAUGUCAGUCAUAGCCCUACAUUAAAGAGCAUCAUGGAGCGACAUGGAGAUAUGCUUCAACAACCAAAGAAGCGGGAUCGCGGAGCACAUGACAAUAUUGUUGAUGUUGAUGUUGAUCUGGAAUCUCUUUCGAGCUAUCCACUGGAUGAGGAAGUCAUCGGAAUCAUAACAAUGGAAGAUGUUAUGGAGGAAUUACUACAGGAAGAAAUACUGGAUGAAACUGAUGAGUAUGUUGAUGUCCACAACAAGAUUCGAAUAAAUAUGCUACCCUGCAGAAGGUCGUCACCAAGAUCUUCCGGAGCUUCAUCUAUUUCUCAUUUCCCACGACGAACUCCAGUUGCAUCCCCACUUGCCUCUUAUCAUCAUACUCCUGUAUGGCGAUCACCUGUUUCCCCAUAUAUUCAAGUUCUAUGUCCAAGACCAACGCUAUCUGCCUCACCUGGGAAAUCUUUAGCAAGUUCUCCAGCAGAGCUUAGAGGUCCUGGUCACAACUCACCGGCUUCACAUCGAGUCUCAAGGAAACCAUAUGAGAAGCUCCGGAAACUUGAUGCGGCAUAGAGCCCCAAUGCUUGUAAAGAGGGAUCUUAGGAGCUUGAUAAGUAGUUCUUGAAGGUUUAAGCAUUCCUGGCCUCUCUUAUUAAUGGUUAGAUGUCUGUUGUGUGUGUUAUAUCAUUAUUUUUAGAUUAAGGUGAAUGGAGAAUCACUGUUGUGUAUAAAUCAAAGUAGUCUCUGCUAAUGUCAUCCACAGCUUUUGAAAUAGAGUAGCUGAUUGUAUGUGUAGUAAUGAGGUAUUAAGCAAGAUUCGGGCAGUGAAUUUGUGCAAUAAGCUAGGAUUUUUAGCUUGUGCAAAUGCCAUUGACAGUAUGGGUUUUGCUGUGGAUGGCUCAUGUACCUAAACUUUCCCAGGUAAGAAGCUCAACCAUUCAAUUCACAGCCAGUGGUGGUUCACAUGCAACCAAAAAGGUCCAGACUCAGCAAAACACAACAGAAACUCUACCGAGUUAACUCGAUUUGAUUUUUAAGACUAUGGUGUAAAAUGUGGUAUGCAACCAACUUCUAUUAUCAUUAUUGCCAUCGUGUUUCAAUAAUAGCAUUUGAUUAUCGUUCACUUCGUAUCUUUUCCCCA